UGUCAACAGCGUCCACCACACCGUCCCGUGCUGCUGCUGCCCGCCGCGCGUGUGUGUGUGUGUGUGUGUCAGGCGGCCUGCUGCCCCAGCACCCUCACCCUGUACCACUGCUGCUGGCUGCUACCGCACGAUGGCCAGCAAUCCUCCGUCAGGUGGUGUGGCCGGCCCAGACCUCAGAUCCCAGGUGUACGGACAGCUGGAAGGUGCCGACACAGGGUUCUGAGGGGGCGGCUUUCCAUGCAGGGUAGGGAAGUUGUGGCCUUGGCCACAGCUGUGUGCUGGCCGUGUCUGUGCCCACGCCCUGGGCCUGUGCUGGGCAGGACCCCGGCCUGCAUGUCCCCUACCCCAGCCUGUGCUGGGCAGGAACCAGCGACCUGCAUGUCCCCCACCCCAGCCUGUGCCGGGCAGGAACCCCCGACCUGCAUGUCCCCACACCAGCCUGUGCUGGGCAGGAACCCCCGACCUGCAUGUCCCCACACCAGCCUGUGCUGGGCAGGAACCCCCGACCUGCAUGUCCCCACACCAGCCUGUGCCGGGCAGGAACCCCCGACCUGCAUGUCCCCACACCAGCCUGUGCUGGGCAGGAACCCCCAACCUGCAUGUCCCCACACCAGCCUGUGCUGGGCAGGAACCCCCGACCUGCAUGUCCCCACACCAGCCUGUGCUGGGCAGGAACCCCCGACCUGCAUGUGCCGGGCAGGAACCCCCGACCUGGAGGCUCUCUACACAUGUAUUCUCUCGGUGCGCAUCAACACUUAG